AUACGCUUGUAAUCAAAUGGCCCUUCAUCUCUAUCAAAUAGUUUUUCCCCAGACCUUCUUUUCAGUAUACAAAGUAAAGCAAAAGCUCCCACAAAUUAAUGUAAAGAGAAAUAGCAUAGAUUAUGCUUCGAUAAAGUGUGAUGAAAAAAAGAAUGGUUCAGAGAAUAGUCCCUUGCCCAUUUACCAACCAACUAUAUGGAGUCAUAACUUUAUCCAGGCGCUAGAUGUCAAUUUUCCGAUUUACUCAAAGGAGGAACUGAAGGAGCUAGAGAAGAAAGGAAUGGAAUUGAAUUUUGAUUACGAGAAUGGUGGUUUAAGUAUCUUGCAAUUGCUUGAACAAAUAGAUGAUAUCGAAAGAUUGGGCCUUGACUAUCGCUUUCAAAAUGAUAUAAGGAGAGCACUUAAUUUUAUUGCAUCAAUAAAAGAAAAUAACACUGAACAUGAAGAAAAAGAAGGUAGUCUUCAUGAGGCAUCUCUUCGAUUCAGGCUUCUUAGGAAACAUGGUUAUAACGUAUCGCAAGAUUUUCUUUUAAGAUUCAAGGACAGUCAUGGUGGCUUCAUGCGGUGUCUAGAGACGGAUGUCAGGGGAUUGUUAAGCCUAUAUGAAGCUUCAUAUCUUUCUUUUCAGUGCGAAAAAGAUUUGCAUGAGGCCAAGAUGCUUAGAUUACAAGCAAGGUGGUACAUUGAUGCAUACAGUAAACGAAAAGAUGCAAACAUGCUUUUGUUAGAGCUUGCAACAUCGGAUUACAACAUGGUUCAAUCGGAAUUCAAGAAAGAACUUCAAGAAGUAUCAAAGUGGUGGAAAAAUAUAGGCCUAGCAAGCAAGUUAAGCUUCGUUAGGGAUCGACUCAUGGAAUGUUUCUUUUGGUCAGUUGGAGUGAUAUUCGAGCCUCAGUAUAAUUCUUGCCGAGUAGAGCUCACAAAAGUUUGUACGUUAAUUACUGUCAUUGAUGACAUCUACGAUGUUUAUGGUUCUCUUGAUGACCUCGUGAUGUUCACAAAUGUUGUCAAGAGGUGGGACAUUAAUGCAGUGAAACAUAUGCCAGAGUAUUUACAACUAUGCUUUCGCACUCUUUACAACACCAUUAUUGAAAUAGGUUCUAAGACCUCGAUUGCACAAGGUGAAGACGUCAUACCACUCCUAGUGAAAGUGUGGGGAGAUUUACUUGAAGCAUUUUUGUUGGAAGCAAAGUGGACUCAUAACAAAUACAUUCCAACACUUCAAGAAUAUAUGGAUAAUGCAUGGCGAUCAGUCUCGGGAGUGGUUAUACUUACCCAUGGUUACUUCUUAAUUAAUCAAGAAUUCAAGAAAGAUGUAGUUGAGAACUUGGAUAAAUAUAACGAUCUUUUGAAGUGGUCAUCAAUUGUUUUUAGACUUUGCAAUGAUUUGGGUACUUCAUCGGAUGAGGUAGCUAGAGGGAAAACGGCAAAUGCAAUAUCAUGUUACAUGCUCGAGAAUAGUGUUUGUGAGGAAGUUGCACGUGAAUAUAUAAAAACUUUAAUCGACAAAGCAUGGGGGGAAAUGAUCAAAGCCCGAGUUGCUUCUUCUCAAGAGUCAACAGAUCCAUUCAUUGAUAUGGCUAUUAAUCUCGCCCGAAUUUCACAUUGUGUAUACCAAUACGGAGAUGGACAUGGAGCUCCCGAUGCUCGAGCCAAAGAGCGAGUCUUAUCUGUGAUUGUUGACCCCAUUCCAAUUAAGGAUAAUUAGGAGUUUUCUGAAAAAAUAAUGUUUUUUUUGUUUGCUUGUUUGCAAAAGUGGUGUUGUUUCAGUAACCUUUUGUACAAAUGUCUCUAUUUCAAAUUCGGUACAAUUAUGGGGUUGUUUAAAAGUUAUAUAAAUUAUCCUUAUAUGUUACCGAUUCCACCUUUAUCUUAUAUAACAACUUAUAAAAAUUUCCUUUAAACCAUUUUUUUUAAAAAUAAUUCUCAUAUGAUCAAUAUCUUUAUAGAAAUUAUUC